AUGUCAUGUCACGAUCUGAAUGAACAAAAUGAGUCUGGUGAUGACGAGGUUGAUGAAUACAAAGAGGGAAGUGAGGCGUCGGAAUAUGUUACUGAAAGUUUCUGGUUCAGUACGGUGAAGCAAAAGGCUCGAAAGUUCAAGCCUGAGUUGAGUAUGAAGAUCAAGGAACAAAUUACCAAGCAGAUUAAGUCUUUUCUGGUAGAAGUGACGCAAUACCCGACAUGGCUGGCCAAUGUUGUUCCGGUUGCCAAAAAAGAUGGGAAGAUCAGAAUUUGUUUCGACUAUAGAGAUCUCAACAAAGCUAGCCCAAAGGAUAAUUUUCCAUUGUCAAACAUUCAUAUUCUAAUGGAUAACUGUGCUAAGCAUGAAAUGUAG